AUGACAACAUGCUGUCGGACUUCCGAUAUAAAAAGUUCUGUUUACAAUCAAAAAGGAGAAAGUUAUUUCGAACAAUUAGCGGCGUACAAUCGUAUGUCUGCGCAUUUACGUCGUGUUUUAUUGGCAAAAAGCAGAGUUGAUUCAAGAAACGAGAGUUAUAUGCUAAAAAAAAGGAGUAUAUCUGCUGGUAAAGUUAAAUUUAUUCCAAGUCCACCGCAAGAGUUUAUUGACAGAGUUGCUUAUGACACAGAACAUCAUCCGCUGGAUGUCCUGAGAAUGGGCUACAGCGUUACUGAUUACACCAGGUCAAAAACUCCCAAAAAAUGUCCCGCGGCUUGCAGUGUCUGGGAGGAUGAUUGUCCGAAAGCGCGUUCCAAUUUAACGCGGACCUCAGAAAGUGAACGAGGUCGCUCGUUGUCGAGAUCAAGGCCAAGAUACUCAUCUGGUUUGUCAUUUCAUUCGGCACGUCCUGGGUCUUUUACUAAAAGAAACUCUAAAAAUUACGACAAAAAUCAGGAAUUAGAGGAAGAAAAUAAUGAUGAAGAAAUAGAAGGUUGUUAUGGUGGAAAAUGUAAUGAGUAUAGUGUUAAUUCAAGUAAUCGUUCGUCUCCAAGUAGGUCAGCAAAAAGUAAAGGUGAUAACGAUCACGCCGGGUCAGCGUAUGAAUCAAGUUUUGAAUCACCCUCAGAAGGUUCACAUUCACGGCGUAAUUCUGCAGCCUCCAAGGACUCAGCUUCAAGCCGCAGUAACGAGAAUUCAUUAUUAAGUACUCGUAAACGAGAUAUUGAAGCCUGUAGAGUAGUUAACGUGUCUGAUGAAAUUAAGUACUCGAAAUUUUUAUACGAUAUUACUCAAGAGAUUGUUCAGAAUGGUUAUUAUAAAGAUGAAGAGCUUAGAAUCGACCAUUAUGACGAAGACGAGGAAGAAAGAAUAGAAAAAUUUAUAAAAUCCCAAAAAUAUUUAUCAGUAUCACCGCUGAAGCCGCCGACUCCGCCAAAAAUAUUAGACGAAAACAAGAUGACUGAUAAAUUGAUGAAUCCAGAGGAACUGAAAGAAGCGUACAGUAAAUCUCCUCACAGCGGUAGAAAUACUGUCGUGCUAGUUGACGCAAAUCCGGAGUUAUUAAUCACGGAAAGGGACGUACUGGCGACCCUUAUGGAGAUGAAUAUCGAUCCAGAUCAAGCGCACAGGGUUUACAAGCGUUUGCUGAAGAGGAGCAAAGAUUUGCAUACAUUGCAAAUGGUAAAAAAAACGAUCGGCCAGGUGCACGCAAGGAGAAAGGAUGCGGGGAUUUCUCCUAUCGCUUCCUCGACCAGGACCCAAGGAUUCCGUAGCCGGUCCACCCAGCCAAACGAUUAUCAUCAACAUCAGCUUCAUACUCAGUACCAAUACGAUAUUAGAUGUGGAGAGACUUCAAAGAGAGAUUUCAAUGGAAGCCAAAUCCAAUUGUUUACUUCCACCGACGAUUCUUUGAAGAUACAACCUCCUCUGUGUUUCUGUUCGAAAAAAAAUUUAUCUACGGUACAAAAUGAUGGAAGUAAAACAAAAGCUAAAGAAUGUUUUUGUAAAUCAAGACUGAGAAAUAAAUCACCUUGUGAGAUAUUAUCCAGCAUUUCAGCGAAGAAAAAACAGAUGGAAAAAAUGAUCAAUCAAACAAAAUUAAAUCCCAAGAGAUGUUAUUGCCCAAAAAAGGAAUUCAAGGAUAGUAGAAAUAAAAUAGAAUCCAAUAAAAGCGCCCCGGAAGUUAAAGUUAAAAUAAAAGAUAAUAAAAAUUCAAGAAAAAUAAACCUCCGAGAAGAAGAAUCGAUUAAAUUUAAACAACGAACGAAAAGAUUUGAAUUAUCUAGCAGAGAAUCGGUAGAUAAAGAUGUUGAGGUAAAAAAUUCCCAAGAGGAAAGUGGAACAGAUGAUUCAAGUGCGUCACGAGUGACUCGACUUUCGUUUCCUGCAGUAAGAGGCCCAGGCGAAGGAGGCCUAGACGUCACGUCGAAACUUUCUCUUGACAUGGAAAAAAGUGGAACCAAAGAAAUUAAAAGUUCCGUUACUGCGGACGGAUCUACGGGCCGUGAAUUUCAAUUGUCGCCGUCGAAUUAUGACUCGAAUAAUCAAGACACUGACCAGGAGUCGAUUGCUGAGUCUUAUUCAGACGUCGAAGACUCUUCUGAGGUCAAAGACAAAGAUGACAUAAAAAUAGAGGCUCAAUUUUUCCGCGAUGACGCACGCAGAGAAUUGUUGAUUAACAAGGAAGUCCCGGAACUUGAAUCAAAACAGUCUAGAAAAAGACAAAUAUGUUCGUCACAUACAAACUAUAAUUCAAAACGAAUGCACACGCAAGUACAAAUUCAAGAUUCGCAUUUGCAUGGCUGCGCAACAGUCUGUCCUAAUCUUCCUCAAAAAAAAAUAAACACGUUGUGCAAAUCAUGCGAGAUGUCUUUUUAG